UCCGCCUCCGCCACUCCUCUACACACACAACCAACAUGUCCGGAAAGAUUCGUGCUGCCUGGCUCAAGCCCGAGGCUUACCCCAUCUUUGCCGUCAUUGCCGGCGGCCUCGGCGCUGCCGGUGGUAUGCUCACCUACUACGCCACCUCGCACCCGGACAACUGCUUCAACAAGUCGAAGCCGUUCCCGUACAUGCGCGUCAAUGACCCGCGCGGCAACUGAGCGCCCUCGCCACUGCGCCCUGACCUCUCGCAGGCGGCAGCAACACGGCGCUGCGCAUCCCCGCACCCCCUCGCUCGCCUACGCCACGCAUACACUGAAGUAACACACCGGCCCGAGUGUG